CCUAUCGUUUCCCCUCUCUCUCUCUCUCUCUCUCUCCUCUCUCUCUCCACCCUUCGCGAAGAGCGCGUGCGUGCGAGCGGGAAGCGAAAACUCGAACCGGCCAUGGCCACGGGUGGCGACGAGCAGCCGGCGGUGGUGGCGGCGGCGGCGGAGGGGGAGCAGAAGGAGGUGGUGUCCGUCGAGAUGCCGGCGCCGCAGGGGUGGACGAAGAAGUUUACUCCCCAGAGAGGGGGGAGAUUUGAGAUUGUUUUUGUUUCACCAACUGGAGAAGAAGUUAAGAACAAGAGACAGCUGAGCCAGUAUCUUAAGGCGCACCCUGGAGGUCCUGCAUCCUCAGAAUUUGAUUGGGGAACUGGUGAUACCCCAAGGCGCUCUGCUCGCAUUAGCGAGAAAGUCAAGGCUUUUGAUAGCCCAGAAGGGGAGAAGAUCCCGAAACGUUCUAGGAACUCAUCUGGCAGAAAGGGCAAGCAGGAGAAAAAGGAGGCCACCGAAGACGAAGAAGCGAAAGAUGCUGAAGCUGAGAAAGAGGCAAAGGAGGCACCUAGCGAAGAUGCUGCAAAGGACACUGAUGUGGAGAAGCCCACUGAAGAGGCAAAGGAGGCCCCUAGUGAAGAUGCUGCAAAGGACACUGAUGUGGAGACGAAGACUUCUGAAGAUGCCAGCAAGACCGCAGAUGCCGAUGCGCCUGCUCCAGUGCCAGCGGUAGCCGAGAACGAAUAUGGAAAGCCGGCUGAUUCCGAGAAUGCUCCUCCAGCACCGUCGGAAGGAGAGAAGAAAGAAGGCGAUAAGCCAGCUGAGCUUGAAGCAGCGGCCCCUGCCACCGAGCAACCUGCAGCUAAAGCUGCUGCUGCUGCUCCAGUAGAGAACUCCGCGGACAAAGGCCCUCACCAGGACAGCCAGCCACCUGCCGCCGCCAAGGAGUCGUCAUCCCCUGUCAACAACGGGCAGCUGCCGGCUGGUGCCUCCGCUGUGAAGUGCACCUGAAGCUGAAGCUGGAGAGAAACCCCCCAGACGAGUCAUCCUCCCCCUGUCCGUGAUGUACGCCUUUAGGAUCAUUCGCAUUUGCAUUGUAAUCAGUCAAUCAAUCAAUCAACCCCGUAAGCAUGUUAAAAAGGAACUGACGUUGCUGGGUGACAGCCGGACGGUUAGUAGGCUUUGCAUUUUAGUUUGUUUGUAUGUACGGUGCUAGCGCCGCACCUUACAUGCAUGUACCCCCAUCAUGAUCAUAUCUAUCCUGCCUAACUCGUUGUAAGCACAUUAAUCUUAGGACAUAUAUACUCCCGCGUCUGUAUUGUCAAGUCUGUUUGUACCUGUGCUGUUGUAUUAUGUGUAACUUGAUUAGCUACCGUGUUGUUGCUAUUAUUACCUCUUAAGAAUAAGGUUUGGAUGUGUAUGCGGAUGUGCAUCCUCUUAUCCAUCGCGUGUAUCCAUCAAACCCCAUCAGGCAGGGUGGUGAUUUGGAUGUGUUCCCGGUGAUGCCUGUGUAAUAGUAGUGAUGUGAUCUAAACUUGUUGUGUUUUGUGUUUUGAACAGCGUAGAGUGUUGAUUGUUUGGACAGAAUUGGAAUUUGGGGGGAUGAAUUUCACGUCGUGUU